AGGAAGCCACCGGGGCGCGGGGGAGCGAGUGGCCCGGUGGCGUCCCUCAGGACAGCGGCACGCUCGUCACGUCAUCGCGGGGCCGAGGCCUGCGAGCGGCGGCGGCGGCCAUCAUGGCGGAGCUCUACGUCAAGCCGGGCAACCCGGAGCGCGGAUGGAACGACCCGCCUCAGUUUUCCUACGGGCUGCAGCGGCAACGGGCGGCGGCGGCGGAUCCGAAGGCGGCCGGGGCCAAGCGGGGGCCGCUGACUCGACGCGCGGCCGCGGCAGGGGACGAGGCGAGGCCGCCGCCGCCGCCGCCUUCGCCUCCGCCUCACGGGCCAGAAAGUGCUCUCUCCUCACCUGCACCGCCAGCAUUUCCCCCAAAGUCUGCAGGGUUGCCCCCUUCUACUUUGCCAGACCCUCCUUUGAAGACGAAUGCCCUUGAGGCUGAAGAAGAGUGUGGUGUGGAGGAUGUUCUGUCCCCAUUGAACGAGGCUUUGGACCACUGCAGGGAAUCUGCACGGAAACAGGUUUGCGAUGAUAUCAGCAAGCGCUUGGUAACGCUGGAGCAGAUGUGGACACAAGGGAGACUCUCCGCUCCUGUGAGAAGAGGAAUGAGGAUUCUAACAGAAGAGCUUAAGUGUCAACACUGGGAUGCAGCUGAUGAGAUUCAUCGCUCACUGAUGGUGGACCAUAUUAAUGAAGUCAGCCAGUGGAUGGUAGGAGUCAAAAGGCUCAUUGCAGAAACAAGGAAAUCACCCACAGUGGAUCUGGCCUUAGAGGAGCAAGAAGUUGGAACCCAGCUGGAGCCAGAACACCAAAGGCUGGGCCCAGGGACUCUGCCAGCGAUAUAACGCUGGGCCUUGUCGCGGAAACAACCUGGACCAUUUCCUUUCAAGCUGAGAAGCUGCUGUUAUCCCCUCCAGAGUCAGACAGAUACAUGUUCCCUGCUGCUGACCUGUCUGAUUGGUCAUUCAGUAAGGAAAGGAAGUGCCUUCUGAAGCCAGUGAUGGAGGUAAAAAAUGCCCAGCCCAAAUAGCCUGUGCAAACUGGAAGAAAGUCUGGAUGGGUGUAGCCUCCUCUCAGCACUUCCUGCUCCUCAUACAUCCUACAUUCCUACACCCUUCCCAUGUCUCCGCUGGGCAGUAGACACUGAACAAAGGGUAGCUUUGUGAUCCCCUGCACUUGUGUACCUAUGUAUUCAAGCAGUGGAGUCUACCACAAAGGGGAGGGGAGCAGACAUUUACAAAUCUUAAGUAAAAUGUUUUAUGCCUUCAUUAGGAAAAAGCCUU